AAUCUGGAGUGCUGUCCCGAUCGCUACCAUUCAGCAGCACUCAACACUCUGGGGAUAAUUAUUCGAUUCUGAACAACGACGAUGUGACUGAUGAGAACAUCGCACACUCAGAUACCACUGACACGGCAAAUAUUUCCGACAAUAAUAGCAGCAGUGAUAGAGAAGAAGGAGAACGACUCACUGAAGACAUUCAUCUCCGAACACAAGAAGGAGAUUCCAUUGAAAAUUUUGACGGUUCACUUCAAGACGAACUUCGAACCGAGCAAAUCGGUCGAGCAGAAGGCGAACUGUUGAAGAAAGAAACCGAAAAUCUUAAUCAACUAAUCGAACAACAGAAACAGCAACAACAGCGACAGCAUCUAGAACAGCAAGAGUAUCCUUUUUCGGUUGAGAAUAAACUCGCGGAUGUGACCGAUCCUAUAUGCAGAGAAGUGAAAUCAGAAACGAAUCGGAAUAUGCGUGAAAACUUAGCGUUGGAUAGUCUAGUGAAACGCGAGUCAUCAAGUCAGGUUGAUCUCCGUAGGAGUUUAUAUCAUCCAGAUGCCAAAUCGCCUGGAUCACGUUCACUAGCAGAAGAACUUCGUGAAGUUGGUGUAACAAACCAAGACGCUCCACCAUGCGAGCCUCGACCACCGAACUAUUCAUCACCUGAACGCAUUUUCAAAGUGGUCUUCGUUGGUGAUUCAGCGGUUGGUAAGACGUGCUUCUUGCACCGUUUCUGUCAUAAUCGCUUCAAACCGUUAUUCAACGCAACAAUCGGUGUCGACUUCACUGUCAAAACUAUUCGGCUACAGAACCGGGAUGUCCUUACACCUCCUACAAAACUAGUUAAAAUGUCCUCGAACCACUUACAACAUCCACUUUGUAUCUCCCAUCCGCUACGAUUUCGAAGUAUCACAAAGCAGUACUUUCGUAAAGCAGACGGUGUUAUUUUGAUGUACGACGUGACAUCAGAGCAGUCCUUUUUGCAUGUUCGAAAUUGGAUUGAUUCAGUUAAGAACGGUGUGGAUGAAGCGUGUGUCAUGUGCCUGGUCGGCAAUAAGGUUGAUUUAUUCGGUAGCGAUCAUACACACGCACUGACAUUUAAGCACGGUCAAAAACUCGCUGAGGAAUUCAAUAUGUUGUUCUUCGAGACGAGUGCUUUUACCGGUUAUAAUGUGAACGAAUGCAUGCGAGCUGUUGCAAUGAGGUUACAGCAACGAGAAGAAGAUGAUCUACAAGAGGCGUUGAAACUCGAAAUGGGUGUUCAAUCGAGCAGACGAAGUUGGUGCUGUAUGUGA